AUGGCUUUCUGGCAACUUGAAAACGACAAAGCCAAUGCCAUGAGAAGGUUCCAAAGAAAACGAACUCUGGAAACCAUCUUCCACUUGUUCAAACUCUGUGCCGCAAUCUUGCUCUUCUCCCACUGCUCCUCUUUCUUCCCCAAUAUCACCCUCCAAACAUUCCCUUAUCUCUACCAUUUUUUACUACCACUUUUCCGCAACUCUUUUUACGCAUUUCUUCUCCUAAACGCCAUCAUCCUCUUACUAUUCACACUCUCCAACAACGUUGGUGCCUCCAAAGACGCCCUCAACCAGUCUCGCCUCAUCGUAACCGCACCGCAGGAACAACCUCGGACCGUUGAUUCUUCCCACAAAAAAAUCACCACCACUAUUUGUGGUUCAUCGUCUCCGGUUUUCGAGGAAACUGUCAGGGCGGUUACUGAGACCACCACUACCACGACGUGUUGUUGCACGACUGUGACGACGACGGAGGGAGAGACGGUUUCGGUGUCGGAGAAGAAGUGUUACCGGAGAGUUCAGUCGGAGAGUUAUGAGCGGCGGAUGGCGGUGGCUCCGCCAUCGUUGCAGAGGCAAUUGCGGCGCGUGGAACAGUUGAGUGAAGACGAGUUCAACCGCGCGGUUGAGGAAUUCAUCGCUAUGAAUAAGAGAAUGCAGAAAGAAGAGCACAUAAGAUCACAGAAAACAGGGUAUUGGGCGUCAAAUUAA